GAAAUCUUACCUUGGAAGAACACAAGCCGCCGGAAAACAGGAGAGUCAGCCAUACACCUCCACACAGGGACAACGUCCAGGACUCACCAACAUGCCUCCAAUUCCUAUUCACACCUCAAGCCCUAUCACGGCUGCAAAGGCGUCAGGAAUCACUCCAAAAACGGCGCCCUCAGACGAUUCAGAGGCACCAGCUCAAGCACCAGCAAGCAAUGAAGUGCCGACUUCCACUUACCCGGCAGCUCAGCCAGGCGCUCGUCCGUCUAUGCCAGCUCCAACUGGGGCAUCUCAACCUUCCGCCAACAUCCAGCCAACUCCAACACGGGCAGUUGUAGAUUCGAGCCCUCCAGCCCCGCAACCGGGAGCUGUACCGGAGCCGCAUAACGGAGCAUAUUUACCACCACCUCCAAAGACUGGCGAGACUAUGCGCGAGACACAGACACAGUUUACACCAGCACAGAUGCCCUAUGCACCUAUAUCCAGUGGGUCGGAGUUCGCCGCUACUCGUUCAGCGACGACCACAGCUCCUGUUCCUGGCCCGUUCCCGAUGGCUGGCCUAGGCCCGACGGCCGUGCCAGGCGGAGGCUCCGGAAGCGACUUUUCUCAUCCACCUGGUUAUCACCAAAACGUGCAUGCGUCCGAGUUCUCCAGUGCUCAGCGUGCGGCUCACGAAGCAUCAGUUGCACAUGAGCGCAGGCCAUCUCUGGUAGGAGACGAUGAGGAAGGAGUCUGGUCGGCCGCCAAGAAGUGGGCUUCGGCUGCAGGCGAGAGUCUUGCUGCAGCUGAGCAUGAAGUGUGGAAGAGGAUCAACAAGGAGUAACUGUUGCAUCGCGCAAGCAGCAACCAACAGCACAGGCUAAGGUAGGGAACACAAGACCGGUUCGGCAUGAUAGGGCUAUGACCGGGACAUGAUAACAUUAACGUUUCCCUGAGAGUUUGUUAAAUAUAUUAAUGUUUUAAGGGGAUCGGACCCGUUGUGGGCGAUGUUUCUGCUGUUCUAUUUCCAGAAGCUCCAAGCGCUGGGGGAUAGACGGAA